GAUUACAUUAUUGCUUUGGCAUAACUUGACCAUAAACCACGACCAUCACCCAAACUAGCCUACCAGAUACGAUGCGAGCCUACUACUUUGACAAUGUUCCGGGUGAUCAGCGCCUUGCGCAUGACUCGGGAAACCCUGUCUCGCUCGAGACGCUCCAGUCUCUUGGUGUCUUACACUGGGCAAUCCAGCUCGACGAGGAUGGAAACUGGGAGGUGGAAAUCAACAACGUGGCGAAGAACAGAGGGUACAAGAACAGAGAUACCAUCAACGUUACGAAAGAGGGGCUCGGCGAUGCCUACGAGAGCAAGAUAAAGACGUUCUUCGAGGAGCAUAUGCACGAGGACGAAGAAAUUCGGUACAUUCUCUCGGGAAGUGGUUUCUUCGAUGUCCGCGAGCAUCCACACGACAAAUGGAUCCGCAUUCAUGUAACUCCGGGUGAUCUUCUCGUCAUCCCUCCCGGGAUCUACCAUCGUUUCACCCUUGACGAGAAAAACGCCAUCAAGGCUCUGCGCUUAUUCCAGGAUGAGCCCAAGUGGACUCCUCACAACCGCAGCGAGGAGACGGACACGAACCCUUACAGGGUUCAAUACUUGAAGAGCAUCCCCGCGGUCUCAGCGUCGGCUUGAAUAUUUCACGAGCUUGCUCACCAGACGUUGUUCUUCCACCUGGCUUCACACACUUGCUUCACACUCGGCUGCCAUCAGGUAAAAUUGGCAUAUCGCCGCCUCGUAUGUUAACAUUGGUUGGCCCUAUGCUUCUUGUGACUUGAUAAUGAAUGUAACAGUGCUUUUCCUGGUCACAAAAUAAACGAAGAACGGAAUGUAUGCGUUUAUGUGCUGCUUUCAACACUCUUUUUGGAGACAUGCGUGUAAACCCAUCUGAAGGAAGUAAUGAUGAUCUAACAGAACUU